GCGCCGGCGUGUCUGGCUUAAGUUCGCGUCGGCGGGAGCGUAGCGGCGCGAGUGUUCUGCGCCCAGAGUUCACACAGACUGCGAGGUCACGAAACUUGUAUGGGGCUGAGCCCGCGCUCCCCCCACAAAGUGGGGCGCCAGUUGCCAAGUGGCAGCAAGCGGGGGCGCGGGGCCAAGAGGUCGGGGCGACCCCCACCUGGCCGUGAACGGCACCCUCGGCCGCCUGCAGACCGGAGCUCCAAGUCGGCUGUCGAGGAGCAUCCACACCUGAGCUCCGAAGCCCUGGGCUAUUUCCGACGGGCACUGACAGCGCUGAAGGAGGCCCCCGAGGCCGGGGAAGAACGAGAGUUGAUGGUGCGCAAUAUUUUGAAGGAAGUGGAAGCUCAGGCCCUGGCCUUGGCAACGAACAGGACGGGCAGUGAGAUGCUGCAGGAACUCUUGGGGUUCAGUCCUUUAAAACCGCUAUGUCAAAUAUGGACCGCUCUGUGCUCCAACUUUCGUUUUGUGGCCUGUCAUCGGUGCGGGGUCCAUGUAUUGCAAAGUGCUUUGCUACAGUUGCCUCGAUUGCUGGCGAGUCCAACAGAAGAGGAGGAGAGGAAAGAGGAGGAGGAGGAGGAAGAUGGGAAGAAUGGCACUUGGGAGGCCCUAGAGAAGCUGGUCUUGGCACUGGCCUCUGAGGUGUGUGAUGAUUUUCUUUUCUACUGUGGAGACAUACAUGGCAGCUUCGUGGUCAGAACUCUGCUGCAGGUGUUAGGAGGGAUUCUUCUGGAGUCUGAGAGAGCCAGGCCCCGUGGCUCCCAGUCAUCUGAAGCACAAAGGGCCCCAAUUCGGGAAUGUAAAUCAGCUGAUUUUGAGGUUCCUCAAACUUUCCUGAAUUGCCUUCAGGACCUGGUCUCCUUCUUUCUGAAGGACAUUGCUGUGUUUAUCACUGACAAGAUUUCCAGCUUCUGCCUUCAAGUGGCCUUACAGAUCUUACACCGCAGACUGCCCCAGGUUUGUGCUCAUCUCUGCAGUGCUACGAUUGACUUCUUGAGGACUCGUAAUUCCUCAGCAGAUGGCAGCCCCCUACUGCUGUUUCUCAGGGAUCAGACAAGCUCCAGACUCCUGGAGCAGGUGCUUCUGGUGUUGGAGCCCCUGGAGCUUCAGAGCCUCUUUGAGGAUCAUUUCAAGGGUCAGCUGCAGACCCUGGCUGCACAUCCCAUUGCUAACUUCCCUUUGCAGCGCUUGUUGGAUGCAGUCACUACUACUGAGCUGCUGUCUCCUGUGUUUGAGGAGCUGAGUCCUGCAUUGGAAGCUAUCCUGGCCCAGGGCCAUACAGGCGUAGUUGUUGCCCUGGUGGGGGCCUGUCGUAGAGUUGGGGCUCACCAAGCCCAGGUCUUGCAGCUGUUGUUAGAGGCAUUCCACUGUGCAAAGCCCUCUUCCCGGCAAUUGGCUUGUGUGCCUCUCUUUGCCACUUUGAUGGCUUAUGAAGUAUACUAUGAACGUACAGAGGAGGAAGGGGCGGUGCCUGCAGAGCACCAGGAGGAAAUAGCCACAUCCAGGGCCUUUGGUGAAGUGACAGUACUUGGUUCUCUAUUGCUUCAGCAUCUGCUGCACUUCUCUAACCCUGGUCUUGUACUUCGAAGUCUGGGUGCCUUGACAGGGCCACAGCUUCUCACUCUGGCCCAAAGCCCUGCUGGUUCUCAUGUAGUGGAUGCCAUCCUGACCAGCCCCUCUGUGACACGGAAGCAGCGCCGCCGUGUGCUGCAGAUCCUAAAGGGACAAUAUGUGGCUCUGGCCUGUAGUCGCCAUGGCAGCCGUGUUCUAGAUGCCAUCUGGAGUGGAGCAGCAUUAGGGGCUCGGAAGGAAAUCGCUACCGAGCUAGGGGAGCAGAACCAGGAGCUGAGAAGAGACCCUUUUGGCCACCAUGUCGCUCGAAACGUGGCCCUGACUACCUUCCUGAAGCGGCGAGAAGCCUGGGAACAGCAGCAGAGUGCAGUGGCCAAGCGGAGGCGGGCAUUGCAAUCAGUCCUUGAAGGCUAAGGCCUUGGG